AUGACCAUCCAUGAAAAGGGACAGGCGGCCCUCACGCCCCACACCCAACCACGCACGCCCUACACUAUCCCCGCGGCGCCCCACGUGUCGCCCAAAGCCACCGCGACGGAUUCUCACCCCGCGACUUCAUUGCAGUACUGCCCGUGUCUUUCCCAGCCACCUGUGCCUCCCGAGCUGGCCGCCUCGCGAACCACCAACUCUUCCGGCAAGAAGAACCCGAAUUCGAACGUCAAGCUCGGACCGGUCGCGGCUAGCUGGGCCACCUCCCCGCAGAUCCCGAAGGUGGGGGAGAGGCUGGCCAACUGGAGCUUCCCAACGCCGUCUGGCAGCUGGCCCAAACGCAAGGGCGCGCCCGACGCGGCGGACGCCUACGAGACACAAACCAAAGACGACAACGAGGGUACACCAACCGUCACGGACACGGCCAGUGUGAGACGAAAGAGUCUGGGGAAAAUGUGGAAGAACGGAACAAAGACAGCAAAGAAAACGAAACGCGGCAAGAAAGAGGGAAACACAGGAAAAGGCGAGGACGAGAAAACGAAAGGAGGAGGAGACACAGCGAGCGGAGGAGAAAAGCAAAGCCAGUGGGAAAGUGUGAUGAAUAAGCCGAACGAAGGAAGUGAAGAAUCCGCAGAAAAUGAAAGCGGAAUGAUGAAAAUUGAUGACAGCGACAGUGCGAAAGAGAUGACGAACGAAGAGAAAGAGAGCGAGUCUGAGGAAGGAGUAGCUGGAGAAGAACAAGGAGAAAGAACGAAUGUUGAUGCUGUAGAUGUAGAUGAGGAAGAAAAGGAAAAGGAAAGAGAUAUAAUAGAAAGAGAAUCUGCAAAAGAAAGCAGUGACAGUAGCGAGAAAAUUUACAAAGAAUCGGAAGAAACGACCCAGAGUGAAGGAGAUAAUUUGGAUGAAAACAUUGCAAAGAAACCUAAAGAAGAAACAGAUGAUGUGGAAAGAGAACAAAUCAAUAAACCAGUAAUAAAUGCUCAAUAUAGAGGAGUAUCAGAGGAUGAAUUUUACGAGUCAGUCAUUGCAUUCCCGAAGGAAACAACAGAGGACAAGGAGGCUGAUAUAUCGAGCAACCACCAUGAUAAGGAAGAAAACAGGAAUGGAGAAACUAGCGAAAUUACGGAGGAUGAAGUAGUUGAAGAAUAUAUGGAAGUGGCAAAUCUGGACGAAGAGAAGAAUGAAAAGGAGGAGUUGGAAAAGGCGGACAAAGAAUGUGACGAGGCGACUCAUGAAAGAAUCCCUGAUGAAGAGAAAGAGGAAGAGAGCAAAUCCUCAGAAAACAAUACUGUUAUAGUCAAAGUAGAGGAAAAUAAAUCAGAUGAAAGUCAGAAGAACGAAGAAGCACCGAUGGGAAGAAUGAUCCAAACAGGAGGACAGGAAGGUGAAGAAGAGGCAGAAGAGGAGAGCAAUGUCGUGGUCAAAGAGGGAGAGGAAGAGAUAGACGAGGAGAAAGAAACGAGCAAGAAGAAAAAGGCGGUGCGAUUGAAUGCAGCGAGACCAAGCUUUUCAUAG